AUGAUCUGGGACAAGAGGAUGCUCAGCGCGGCUUUCAGCAUCAGUGUCCUGCUGGCCCUAGCACACAGCACGGCCGCCCUUGGAUGCGCUGGUCCACAGAAACUGGUCUCUGAGAUGCUGCAGCGCCUGGAGGACUCGGUCCAGCAGAACGAGCCACCGAACCCCAGCGUCCUGCUGGCCAUGAACUUGGCUGGCGCCACCGGCAGCAACACCCACAAGUGGCUGCUCCAGCACAUACAGGAGGAGGCUGUGAAGAGAGCCCAAAAAGACAUGACGUCGGGAGAGGUGGCUCUGUCCGUGCUCGCUCUGCUCUCCUCCUGCCAGGACCCCCAGCGCGUCCAAGCCCAGGGGCAGAGCGUGGAUCUGCGCCACAUCCUGCAGCAGAAAAUGGAUGAGGAGAUGGCCAGCCUGGAGGUGGAGGGCAUCCCGAAGACCACGCUGUACAGUGUGAGCCUGGACGCCCUGGCCCUGUGCCUGGCAGGGGUGGGUGGUUACCAAGGGGCAUCCGUGGUCCUGGCCAAGCAGGUGCUGAGCCCUGAGAGCCACCUCUCCGUGGACACCCGUGCCAUGGCGGUGCUGGCGCUGGUGUGCACAUACGGCCAGACAGACCUCCACGACGUGCAGGACCUGCUCGGGGAGGCACUGUCGGCAGUGACCAAUGGCUUCCUCGACGAGCAGGAGAAGGGGGACGGCAUGAUUGGGAACAUCUACAGCAUGGGGCUGGCCCUGCAGGCGUUGGGGGCCACGGCCAAGUUUUAUGCCCCACGGGAGUGGGACUGUGCCCAGGCCUUCUCCAUGGUGUACAGCCAUGACUACCACCAGCCCACAGCCAUCGCCCAGGUCCUGCCUGCCCUCGUGGGCAGAUCCUACCUGGAUGCAGCUGACCUGGACUGCGCCAUCGGUGCCACACCCAUCAUCGAGGUGCACUACUCCAUCAUCAACAAGCUGCAGGGAAGGCACUUCAGCUACACCACCUCAGUGCGGGUCCCGCAUGGCUCCACGCUGCUCAAGGUGCUGCAGGCAGCGGCAGAGGAGGAACCUGACGUCUUUAGCUUUCAGACAGAGCAGACGUCCUGGGGCCUCAUGGUGGUGUCCAUCCACGGGCUGGCCGCCAACCCAAGCGACAAGACCUACUGGCAGUUCCUUAGCGGCGAGGACGCCCUCCAGGAAGGGGUUGGCACUUACAAGCCACGGGACAGGGAGCACAUCCAGGCCGUCUUCAGCACCUACUGA